CACAGAGAAAUGCACCAGUGAAAUGGAUGUGGAUGUGUUAUCUGCUGUGGCUGAGGAAGCUCCAUCUACCGCCUCUUCCACCCCCGAUUCCACAGAAGGAGGCAACGACGACUCAGAUUUUCGGGAGCUGCACACUGCCCGGGAGUUCUCAGAGGACGAGGAAGAGGAGACCACUUCGCAGGACUGGGGCACCCCCAGGGAGCUGACCUUCUCCUACAUAGCCUUUGAUGGUGUAGUGGGUUCUGGGGCCCGCAGGGAUUCAGUGGCCCGCCGCCCCAGGCCCCAGGGCCGCUCGGUCUCCGAACCACGAGACCUGCCCCCACAACCUGGCCUGGGGGACAGCUUGGAGAGCAUCCCCAGCCUGAGCCAAUCCCCAGAGCCUGGACGCCCUGGCGACCCUGACACCGCCCCUCCAUCCGAGCGUCCCCUGGAUGAUCUGAGGCUCCGCCUAGACCAGCUGGGCUGGCCUGCCCGAGGAGCAGGGUCUGGGGAGGACUCUGCCACCAGCAGCUCCACUCCGCUGGAAGAUGAGGAGACAGAUGGGUUGGAGGCAGAAGAGACUGGAACUGGAGAACUGGACCUACAGCCCCGACUUGCUCAGUCCUCGCAGCCUCAAGUCCUUACUCCCCGCCCCAUUCCCGCCUCCGGCUCUGGGACUCCCCAGGCCUGGACCCUGUCCCCACCCAGAUCCCAAGAUCCAAACUCAGGGCCUGAAGACCCCACACUGGAAGAGGAGGAAGAGCCCUGUGGGCCCCUUGAGCUGGAGCCAAACACUGGACAGUGUCUCCGAAGCACGGACCAAUCAGAAUUCAGUCUGGAGCCACACCCUUUGGUGGCGGACCUGCUGUACUGGAAGGACACCAGGACAUCGGGAGUGGUCUUCACAGGCCUCAUGGUCUCCCUCCUCUGCCUCCUGCACUUCAGCAUCGUGUCCGUGGUGGCACAUGUGGCUCUGCUGCUGCUCUGUGGCACCAUCUCUCUCAGGGUCUACUGCAAAGUGCUGCAGGCUGUGCACCGGGGGGAUGGAGCCAACCCCUUCCAGGCCUACCUUGAUGUGGACCUGACCUUGACUCGGGAGCAGACAGAACAUUUGUCGCAGCAGAUCGCCUCUCACGUGGUAUCCACGGCCACACAGCUGCGGCAUUUCUUCCUGGUAGAAGACCUUGUGGAUUCCCUUAAGCUGGCCCUCCUCUUCUACAUCUUGACCUUUGUGGGUGCCGUCUUCAAUGGCCUGACUCUUCUCAUUCUGGGAGUGAUCGCUUUAUUCACCAUCCCCUUGCUCUACCGGCAGCACCAGGCCCAGAUUGACCAGUAUGUGGGGUUGGUGAACAAUCAAUUGAGCCACAUCAAAGCUAAGAUCCGAGCUAAGAUCCCUGGGACUGGAGUUCUCGCCUCAGCAGCAGCCACAGUCUCGGGAUCCAAAGCCAAAGCCGAAUGAGAGGGAUGUCUGCCCGCGGGACUCCGCCCCCUCCCCAGCAGCCCUCUGCCUCCCUCCUGUUCAUCUCCUGUUCAUCCCCCGUCCACUCCCCAUCUCUGUCACUUGAGCCGUUUCUCGGUGGGUGUCAGAAUCAUGCCCAUUAGGGAAACCGCUAAUUUGCCCUAGCGGUCAGGACUACAAUUCCCAAGAGGCUCUGCUCUAAGAGUCCCGGAAAGGCUAGGCCCCUUGGCUGCGGGACCUGCUGGGACUUGUAGUUAACUAGACAGGGCGCCGCCCUGCACUUCCACAACUCCACCGCUGGAGGCGCCGUGAGGGGUUGGGGUCGAGUCCGCCACUAGGCCCAAUGCAGGGGCUUUGCAUGGGGCCCAAAGGAGGCCUGAGCUUGGAUUUAUACUGUAAUAAAAACUCCUGUGGAAAACAAGGCCUCUUGUG